GUAGAGACCGUCAAUGAGAUCCCAGGGGAGCGAGAGACAGUCUGGGAGGUAGACUUUUGGGACGGUGUCAGAACUGUACACGGUGUCUCGCCACUUUAUCAACUUUAAAUGGAGAUCAGAUGGAGUUUGGACCACUUUUACCCCGUACUUUGUGAUGCGUUUCUACUCUAAUCGUUGAUGAUUUUGAUAAACGAUUCAUUUUCCUUCUGUGUUCUCAGGAGGAUCGUAUCUAAUUUCACAGAGCAGCGGAGUCACUGAACUCAGGGGAAUGCAUGAUUUUUUUUUCUUACAGCUAGUAGGUUUAAAUGAAGACCGACUGUAGAAAAUCAGUUGAUGGGUCUGUUACAGGAGUCGCUUUGGUUCGGACCCAGUGUGAGUUAUAUGUGAAGUGAGGCAACGGCCCGUUUGCUUUAGUUAAUAAUUACAUAAAGCGGUGAAGCCUACUGAUUAUAACCACGUCUCAGAGGAUUAUUUUUCGCAACUCCUCGGUUGUAAAAAAAAAAGAUAUAUAUAUUACCCAACUUGUUGGCACUGCAUUAUCUGUCAGCAUGCUUUAUAACUUUCCGGCGGCAACCUGUAAACCAGCCUUUGAAGUUCAAGUUGUCGCUCUCCUGCGUUUUUUGUGGAUUUAUCCAGAAAAUGUGGCGCCCACAGGAUUUGCUGUCUGUUGACGCUGUUUGUCAACUCGCAAAAUGUGAAUGUAAGCUACAGUGACUGAUGUACACUGUAAUAUCGAUAGUAGUUCGGACACGGAUGAAGAUCGAUUCACUGUUGCCGGGACCUGCCCUCCCGUGAGAGGACACAGCAGUUCAACUAAAACGCAGACUCGUCACAAAUGAGGACAUUUGUUGUUUAUCUCGUGAAGACCGCGCUGUUGGAAACCAAUGCACACUUCAAGCUCUAACACAACACAGCGUGUCUUCAUGGUGCAUUUGAGCGUACAGUGUUUCGCCACCCACAUUAAAGACACUGGAUAAAAGUUCAUUCAAGCUUCUUUUUAUCUCGGAAGAUGCAGUUUUCUGUAAAGAGACACUUUGCUCCACGCGGGCACUAAGUGAUGUGCGUUUCUGUACCGAGCUUGAAUAUUAACUCUGGUUUUGAAUUAAAGUUUUAGGACAUUCACGCAUGAGUUAUGAUGGCAGUCCCCCAGCUUUAAAAGUUUGUAUCUGUUUCGCAGUAGUCGUCGAGCCUGGGACGUAUAAAUAGAUAUAAAUAUAGCCUAUACAUUGUUUCUCCGUUUUGUCUAUCGGCGGUGCUUCCCUGCUUUGAAGUCCACCAUGUGCGGCUGGGCACCGCCGCUACAGCCGAGGCCAUGACCGUCCCCCAGCGGCGCCUGGCCGGGCUCUGGCCGUGGCUGCUCAUGGCGGCCCUGCAGGUGGUGCUGGGCCAACCGGGCCUGGAGUCCGAGCGGCCGGCCCUCCGAGCGGUCAUCAAGGUGGCAUUGCUGAAUCACGAGCCGACGGGGAAACCCAUCACUCUGGAGGGGGUGUUCGUGGGAGGAAGUGCCGGCUACGCGGAGGGAAAACUAAUGCAGUAUCACCCCCUGUCUCUGUGCAACACAAGUGAGGAUGAGCGACAAGAGAGUGAUUUUAUCACCAUUGUCAAACUGGAGCACAGGGUACCCCGCUGUCUGCCGCUUCUCGAUAAGGCUCGCAUGGCACUGGAUAAAGGAGCUCAGGCUGUUAUCUUUGAUGUCAGUGAUGAUGCCAAUGCUGCUGCUGAGCUGCGAGAAACAGACUCCCUUCCCCGUCCAGUCGUCCUGGUGGAGGCAGAGGAUGCUGAGGAGUUGAUGGGUUUGGUCAACAAGAACGAGGAGGCCAAAGUUCGGAUUGAGAUCAUGGAGCAGCCCAGAUGGCCACAUUAUGAUGUGGGCAUCCUGCUCACCAUCGUCCUCGCUAUUCUGACCAUUGUCCUAAUCUUCGCCUUCCGCUACAAGUGCAAGUCCAACAGAACCUGGGAUUCUGUCCAUCAGCAGACCAUGCGGGCCAUCAGUCGAUUGGAGACCAAAACCUACAACUCCCAGGGCUGCUCAGGCUCUCAGCGCCACCGCGCGGCCUGGGGGUCAGCCAGCAGCUCAAACUCGAGCCCUGUCUGUGCUAUCUGCCUGGAGGAGUUCCAGGACGGGCAGCAUUUGAGGAUCAUCUCCUGUGCUCAUGAGUUCCACAAAGACUGCGUCGACCCCUGGCUGCUACAGCACCGCACCUGUCCCCUCUGCAUGCACAACAUCAUGGGGAUGGAGCGACAGCCCCAGAGGAACAGACUCCAGCAGAGUCCAGAGCAAAGCCAGGGUUUCCUGCACGCUCAGCCUUACAGCAGCCCUCGCAACCACCCUUUCCCCCAGCAUGCCAUCCCCUUCUCUAUGAGGCCCCACUAUCCUCGUGGACCCUCUGGACCCUAUCCCUCUCUGGGCCACUACACUGGCUCUUCUCCCAGAGACACCCAAACUCUGCGUUUCCUCACCAGCAGGCCACUUGGCUCCGGCUGUGGGUACCACCUUCCUGCAGAGGUUCCCGGAAGGCCCCACAGAAUUGGAGGUAACUGUAGGACUUCCACCAACCAUUACACGCCCCGUCGGUCCUGUCACAACUAUCGCUCAUCCUGUCCAGCCCAGCGCAGUGUGUCUAGCUCAAGACUGCACCACACUGCCAAUGUCACACCACAGCCCCGCGGAGCGCCAGCCCACAGCCGGCAAGACGAUGGCAGCUGCUCCGGUGGCAGCUACCACACAGAACGCAGCGGAUACUUGGCUGACGGGCCAGCGAGUGACUCCAGCUCAGGGCCAUGCCAUGGCUCCUCCAGCGACUCAGUUCUCAACUGUACUGACGUGUCCCUGCAGGGGGUUUAUGGCAGCUGGUCCACCUUCCGUAGCUCUCUCAGCAGUGACUACGAUCCGUUUGUGUAUUAUGGGCCAGGUUCUGGGCACGCCCCCCGCAGGAACAGCCUGGAGGCUUGUGCCCAGUCCCGGCCCAGAUCUCUAGAUUCUGUUGUGAACAAAGCGGGCUGCCCUGAAGAACAGCCGCAGACUGUGUUCAGCCACAUCCACUUCCACCGUCACAGACACCACCACUAUGAGGAGGGGGAGCAUAGCCAGGGCCUGAGCAGAGGCUCAGACGAGGAGCAGGGGGCAGCUGCUGCAGCUGCACCCGCUCCUCUUGUGCUGGACAAAGACUCACCUGUGUGCCCUCCUAAGCACAGUUCCUGCCAGUGCCCAAAGCCAGAUCCCACAGAUCGGCCCUGUCCUGGGAAAGAGUGUCUGGACCAUGACCCCAGUAGCCCUAUAGGACCACCUGUCCUGGUGUCCCCAAUCCCCUUACAACUUCAACCCCACUGCUGCCACCAGGGACAUGGACACCCUCCCGCUCCUCUUGGGCGAGUGGGUGGCUGUGUGCAUGAUGGCCCUUCUGUUCGCUUCCACCAGAGCUUAGAUCUGCAGGACGACAGAAGCAUCCACAUCCACUACGGUCAGGGCCCGGGCUUCUGCUGCUCUCCUCCUGAGUUGCACCCUGCCUUGCUUCCUGUGCCCCUAAUUCUGGACUCUGGAGGUAUGGAGGACUGGCCUUACUGUGCCGGAGCCCAUGUUGUGUGGCAAAAGCGGGUGCAGCAGGCCCACUCAGAGCCUCAGCUCUUGGGGCCUGGGACCUCUAUGGACAGGCCACCCUGCAGGUUCCACCACGGCCCUGCUGCUGACCGCAACACAGACAUUUGUUUGUACUGCCAAACAUUACACCACAAUCAGGGAUCAGAAGAGGAGUCUGGUGUGUGAGAACUUGUUGCAUCCCAAUUAUCACGCUGCUACACAGAAGCCAGAAUGGACAAGCCUCUCACUGGCUUUCGCUCUCAUGUCUUCCACAUAAUUCCACCAGCAAUGCCUUCGCUCGGACGAUUCCCCAGCUUCUCCCAAGAUUCAAAGCUCACAUGCUGAAAUGCUCCUUCAGCUGAGUUAGAUUGAGUUAGUUAUGUUAUUAUUAAAACUGAAAUUAUUGUGAAUAAAUUAAGCUAAAACUUUCAUUGAGAAUAAUGCCAAACCCUUCAUAAUAUUGUACAUCAAAAUAUAUUGAAUGAUUGAAAUGUUUGGAGACGGGGAGUUGCUGGGGAAUACUUUUUCUGUCUUUCUCCUUGUCAGUUAUAGGAAGAAUAUUCAUUACCAACAUGAUACCAUGAUACCACAAGUUCCCAUGCUCCUUAGUGACAACUAACGAAUGAUCCUUGCUUAGGGUGUUGAGCCCUCAUGAAGUGAGACUCCUUCACUGCAUUUCUUGCUCUAUUACAAAAGAACUUGAUUUAUCUUAGAGGUACUUACUGUCACUUGCGUGAUCUUUCUCUUCCUUCGCUGAGUCCAGUCUCAGCUGAGAGAAGCUUUUCUCUCCAGCCUACCUCAGCUCAGAUUUCUUAACACGCCUAACACAGGGGGUCUUUAAAGGUACUGCUGUAGUGUUGGUUUUUUUUGUCAAAACCAUGUAGCUCCCAUAAACUCAACAAAACGUUAGACCUGUCCAAAUGGAGAGAAAGGUUGAUGCUCAGCCCCUCAAACAACGAGCAUUCACUGAGGUUGCUGAGCCUUGCAUGGGCCUUGUUUUCAUUAUUUCAUUGAUGGCAGCUGUUUUCAAAAUGUUUGUUUGUGUUGUUAGAUCAUUUUCUGUUUCUUUUCUUUUUUUUUUCACUUUUUAAAAUGAACCAGUUUGACUGAAUUAUGUUGUCAUUACAAGCUAUUUUCUUGUCAUUUCUCUUGCCAGUGGUCACUUCACAUGUUUGACCUCAGUGCUGUUUAAACCCCCUGAUCAGUGCAAAGUGAACAGGCCUCAUCAGAAGGAUGACAUAUCCUCUGCACCUUUAAUGGGUAAUUCACCCCCCCCCCCCCCGUUGUCCUUCAGCAACUAAACCUCUAGAACAAUGUUCUACAUUGCUGCCACAGAAAAGAGAUAGUGAGUAUUUAAUGAUAUACCUGGAGUAAAGCCAUGCUAGGUAGACCUUACAGUCCCAAGCAUCAGCGCUGUCGGUUGCAGUAGCACCCGUUUGAUGAAAGCUUGGUGGGCUUUUCCCAUGAUUUCCAACUGUAAUGGCUACAAUCUGAGAAAUAUCUCAGGAACAAUCAAACACUGGAAAAAUGAGAAGAAUUCAUCUUUGUUACAGUAAUGAGACCCAAAUUGAUGAAAAAUCCUAUCUUGGUGAAUGUGCCUUGCCAGUCCCUGCUUUUGAGCUUACAGCACUUGAAGGAAGAUCCACCUUAUAUCCAAACUCAAAUAAUUUUUUUAAAAUGUUUAACCAUCUCUCAAAACUGCAAAUGACAGAAUCACAGUUUAAAUCUUUGUUACCUACUAUUCCCUUUUCUCCCACUAAGCCACUCUGACAGACUGUCGGACAGAAAUUGUGUUCAUAUCCCAAAAAAAAUUACAGUAUACAAUUUUGUAGAUGAAAUUCGACCUCAUUGUGCCAACAAACAUGGCUCUCUUAUAUUCAGUUUAACAGACUUCUUCCAUGCUCGCAUGUAUUAGACUAAAUAAUCCGACAUCAGAGGUAUUCUGUUAUUAGCGUGGACUUUCUCAGCUGUCAGACUUCAGAUACAGUUUUAGCUUAGCACAAAGAGCAGACAAAGAGCUCAUGGGUAUUGCAAUGUAACCAGUAGCACUUACUAAAGCCUUAUCUGUGCCUUAUUCAUUCAGCAACGGUUCAUAAUCCUAUAUCAGGAACCUCCCAACACACUAAGCUCUUACCUGUCUAACCAAAGAGGCCAAAUACUGAACACAGGGAACUUUUAACAUAGUAUGUGUUGUGCCUUUUUUUCUUGCUUCAACCCUUUCCUUAAGCUCAGAUUUAAACAUGCUUUCAUUGACAAGUGAGAACAUGCCAGAAUAGAAGUGGAAAUCAUUUUGGACUCAAUAUUUUAGACAAUCAUGCAGAUGUUUUCUACUGCCGUCCCUUCUACUAAUACCUCACUUUGAAUGUGUCAACACAGCGCCUUCCAGCUCAAGUAUCUGGGUUUCCUUGUCUGGUAUUUUUCGUGCCCAAAACAGUCUCUGAAAGUGACAUGGAAAUGACUGAAUUACAAGCAGCACUUUGGCUUAAGCAGAUUUUAUAUUUUAGAAAAACAACAACAUAAAACUCGUAGUAUUAAUAAAGGACAAGCCCAAAACCACCAGCACAUGAGAAAUAGCAUUAAGGGAUGCUGCAGAAUAUCUGAUUUGAUUUAAUCCUGUUCAAGAUCUUUUUCUUUGAGUUGUUUAUGUGUUUGUUUUGUUAUAUUUUGCAAGAAUAGUGAGCUGAAACUGCCUUUUCUAUGAGUAAAAUCCCUCCAGAACUUUAAGGGAUAUGUCAGUAUAUUUUGGAUACUUUGUGUACAAAAAAAGAGAACAACAAAAACAGAAAUGAAAUAGUGUUGUAUUUUAUAUAUAAUAGAACAUUUCAAUAUAGUGACAUGUCACUAAUAUAUUUAUUUACUAAUAUAUUUAUCCUUUUUGUCCAGGUUUGAAAGAGUGGUUUCUGUAUAGACUGAAUGUUUCUAUAUAGAAACUGACCAGUGUCACCACAGAUGUAUCAACCUGUCUUCAUUCCAAUUAUAUGCAAAUAAAUUAUUUUGAAAUAAAACCUCUGUGCUGAAUGCAUUAUUCUGCAUGAGAAUCCAGAGAAACUCCCACUGUGUCGUAUGAGUUGUGCUUGCAUGCCAGUGUUGUUAAUGGAAUAGUUACCGAAACUUACUCCAAAAAGCAGCUUUCUUCAAACUUCUACCGUAAGAUAACAUGGUCGUUUUAUUAGACCUCAGAAAAAUUCAGUAAACAUCCAUUAGAUUUCAGAGGUUCAGUCAUUCACAGAACUUCAAAACAAAUUCACACAACUCUAACAAAUUAGAUACCCAGUGCUAAAAAAUGGAUCACUCAAAACAUAAAUUUUAAGGCACAAUCUAAACAUUCAAAUUUUUUACAAUUGGUAACACAUUUUUUACUUUUUCAUAAGUCUUCACACAGUCGGCACAGCAGAAGUCAAUAUGGACUAAACUGUGGAUCAUGUUUCAUUGGUUUGACAGAUCUGUCAACAUUCAUGAACACAAAAUUACUGUUACACCAUAAAAAAGAGAAAAAAAAUUCAGUGAUCCAUUUUCUCAGUCUCAUCUAAAUAGUUUUCUCUCCUGUGUUUCUGACUUGAACAAGUGAGGGAAAAAAAGGUUUUUGCAGGGUUGUUUUUUUUUUUUUGUGAAACAAACACAGACAUUGCCCAGACCAGCCCCGACUGCCAUCCCCUUAUGCAUACUGGAUUAUUCCCCCAAAGCGCUAGGACGCUGAAUAGUAAGUGAUGUGGACAGGUGGACCAGUGAAAGUUGACCAGGGUACUCACCUGCUCUACAAGCACUCUCUGGUGAUCAGAGGUGGCUGUGGA